AUGAGUAGCUGCAGUCUUAAAUGUAGUACAUUACCAUGUGUACAUAUAGAAAAUAAUAAGAAUGAGAAUGGGAUUAAUAAUAUAAUUCCAGAGGAACCAAAUAGUGCACAUAACGGUAACAUUAAUAAUAAUGAUAUUAUUAAUAAUAAUAUUAAUAAUAAUAAUGCAAUUGAUAAUUGUACAUGUGAAAAGUCAUCUGAGGAAAUCAGUGUGCACACCGAAAAGUGUGUUCAUACUGUGUCUUUAGAUGUGAAUGUAAAAGAUUAUAAUUUUGAGGAAUUUAUAAAUUCCUUUGAAAGUGAUAGAAGGAAUAUAUUAUUAAAUACAUUUAAUUAUUUUUUUUAUAACAAUUUUGGAAAUUUAAGUGAAGUAAAAUUAAAAAAUGGAAGUAUUGCACAUAAUUAUUAUUAUAGAAAGAUAGCACUAAAUAUUAUGAAUUAUGAUUAUGAGAAAGAAUAUAGAAUAUAUGAUGAUAAUAGAGGAAUGAAUGAAAAUUCAAUAAUAAUAAAACCUCCAGCAUAUUACAUGAAUGAAGAAAAUAAUGGUAGACCACCAUUAUAUGAAGAUAUAUUUUUAAAGAAGACAAAAAUUACUAACAUUGAUGAUAAGAAUACAAAAGAGACAAUUAAAAAAUAUAAAUUACCAUUCGAACCUAAUUUUUAUAGUAAUCGAUUUUUUUUCUUAGAUAAUGAUAUGAAUGGGGGUUUAUAUCAAUCUACAAAAAAUUGUACAAAGUAUUGCAAUUCUUUUGUAGUUAAUUAUAAUAAUGUAAGUAAUAGUAGAAAGAAUAAGAAAAAAUAUGCAAACUCAAUCAUUUUUAAUAAUAAUAAUAAUAAUAUUAAUUGUGACCAUAUGAGAUCAUUAUGUUAUUCAUACAUUUUACGAUUCGAGGGACCCCCUCCACAUUUUUUAAUUAUUAAAUUUGACAGAAUUAAUAGAAAGGCUUAUAUAGUUAAAAAGGUACCAGUGAAUAAAAACAUUUCCUUUAAUUUGGCAAAAUUUAUAGCAGAAAAGUAUAUCAAUAUGUUAAGAAAAAACCUUAGGAAGAGAGAAAUAAAAAUGGAGAGGAAAAGAAAUAAUAGCACCUUGAAUGGUAUAUCGAAGAAGGGUAUAAAUAAAAAGGAACAUAUUGAAUCAAAUAUGGAAAAUAAUAAUAAUAAUAAUAAUGAUGAUGAUAAUAAUAAUAAUAAUAAUAAUAUUAAUAAUAGUGAUGAUAAUAAUAAUUAUAAUAAUAAUGAUGAGGAUCAUCUUGUUUGUAACAAUGAAAUGGUUUAUAAUAACGACUGUGGUACUAUAAACAAUUAUAGUAAUAAUAGCAGCACGAAUUAUUCGUCUGAUUAUUCAUUUUCAAGAAAUGGAGAUGUGUUAAAUGAAUAUAAUGAAGAAGAAGAUUUGAAUAAUUAUCUUCUUAAUAUGGAUAUAAAUUCUCUACCUUAUGAGGAUUAUAAUUCAGAAAAUUUUGUUAAUAGGGAAAUGUGUAAAAAUGAAUAUUUGGAUAUUGAUUUAGAAAAUAUAAUAUUUAGCAGUAAUGCAGAAAAGUAUAUAAAAUUUUUAAGUAAUGUGAAAAUAUAUUUUUUAAAAAAGUUAGAUGAUAUAGAUUAUUUUAAUACUAAUUGUAAAGAUCCUUUUGAAAAUAAGAUUGUGAUAAUAGUAAAAAUGAAAUAUGACACUUGUGUAAAAUCUAAAGUGUUCAUAUUUGAAAAUAUGAAGGAUAUGGAGAGUGAAUAUGAAUACGUGACUGUGGAUGAGAAUAAUGAUAAUAUAUGUUAUAAGGGAAGUGACAACACGUUUGUAUCUUUAUUAAAUGGUGAUAUGAAUGGUAAUAAUAAUAAUAAUAAUAAUAAUAAUAAUAAUUGUGAUGGUAAUAAUAAUGAUAAUUGUGAUGAUGAUGAUGUUGAUAGUAAUAAUUCUUCGAACAAUCUAGCCAAUGAACAAACAGAUGAUAAGCAUGAAAGUGGUAAGAAAGAAGAUAAUGAAAAUGAGGAAUCUCGAAAUGUAAAAACAGAGGGAAAUUUUAUUACAAGAAAUUUUUUUGGUUUAUUUAAAAAUGAAUAUAAUAAUGUUAAUAAUGGUGGUACUAAAGAGCAAUUGAAAGAAGAAGAAAAAAUUAAUAUAACAAAAAGUGAUAAUAAUAUUAAUAAUAAUAAUAAUAAUAAUAAAAAGGAGAAGGGGAAAAAGAAGAAAGAAAGGUUGGAUAUGGAUAAAAAUAAGAAAGAUAAGAACAAGAAUAUUCAUGAUAAUAAUAGAAAAAAAAAGAUUAGUGUAAAUUAUAGGAAAAAAAUAAUUCAGUUUAUACGUAAUAAUGUAUAUAUAAAUUCUUACAUAUAUGAUUGUUUUGAAAAUAAAUAUACGAAUAAUAAAUUUUUUAAAGAUGAUGUGAUAAUAAUAAGGAAUAGUAAAUCGGAAGAAGAGGAAGAAGAAGAACAACGAUUAUCAUAUACUGUACCAUAUUAUAUAUAUGAAUUGAAUAAAUUUGUAUUUAUAAAAUUUAUGAAAUUUGAGAAGUAUAUAAAUAAAAAUCAUGAGAUAGCAAAUGGAUAUAUACAAUAUUUGUUGCAGAGUAAUAUAAAAUGUAUAAAUGGUUAUAUGAUAGGAAUUAGAUGGGUUCCUAAUGUAUUUGCGUAUGAAUAUUAUGUGUACAAAAUAACAGAGGAUGUGAAAAGUGAAUAUAAAAGAGAAAACGAGUACAUUACAAAUAAUAAUAUUAAUGGUAACAACAAUAAUAAUAAUAGUAAUAAUAAUAAUAAUAAUAAUAAUUAUAAUAAUUAUAAUAAUUAUAAUGGUGAGCGUAAUAAUAAUAGCAACUGUAAUACUAUAUAUAAUUAUUCUCUAGCAAUAGAAAAAGAUUCAAAUGAAAUAACUACGAAAUAUUUAAUCGAUUAUGAGAACAAAGUAAUAGAUAAUGUAUUAUGUGUGUUACAUGAAUAUUAUCAAACUAGCUUGUUCACUGAGCAUUGUAUAUUUAAUUUAUUUAAGUUGGUAUUAUUACGUGUGAGUUUAUAUAUUGGUGUGUUUAAUACUAAGGUAAUAACAUUAGAUUUGGAUAAGGCUAUGUAUCGAAUGAAGAAAUUUUCAGAGCCUAUUAGUAUAUAUGACAAUUAUGCGUUGUCAGAAUAUGAUAAUACUGUGUUGUUACAAGGAGGUGAUAUACCCAACAUGGACUACGAAAUGAACGGAAAUGAAAAUGAAAAUGAUAAUAUUAAUAUUAAUAAUAAUAGUAAUAAUAAUAAUAAUAAUAAUAUUAAUAGUAAUAAUAAUAUUAUUAAUAGUAAUAAUAAUAUUAUUAAUAGUAAUAAUGGGACCAAUUUGGAAGAAAAUGCAAAUAAUGCAGACUGUAUGAAUGAUUAUAACGAUGGUUAUAAAGAAGAAGAUGACGAUGAUGAGGAAGAGGAUAAUAAUGUAACCAAGAAAAAAGAUGAAGUGAAUACAAAUUAUAAUAUCAAUAUUAAUGGUGAAGAGACUUCCGAUGAGGCAAAGAAUAAGAAUCAUAAUGUAAGAAUAACCUUUUCAUCUGUUCAUUUUGAUAAUGAAGGAAAUAAAAUUAUUGAUAAUUAUACAGAUGAGAAUAAAAAUAAGCAUGCUUCUGAUAGUGACAUGAAUAAUAAUAAUAAUAAUGAUAAUAUGAACUAUCCAUCGUCGCAUGAUAAAUAUAAUGAAUUAUUUAUAAAGAAUGAAAAAUUCGAAAGUGAAAGUUAUUUACCAAACAAGUUGAAGAAUAAGAAAAAGGUAAGUUACAAUUUGGAUAACACAUCUAUAUCAUUAAGAAAUAAAAAAAGUAGAGACUUUGCAAGUAGUUUAAAUUAUGAUCAUGACAAUAAUAUUAAUAAUAAUAAUAUGAGUGGUAGUAGCAGUAACAAUAAUAAUAGUAGUAGAGGAGGAGGAGGAGGAAAAUGUUAUGGAAUAUUAAAAGGUGAAGGGGAUCAAUUUAGUAUAAAAUAUUAUAGUACUUCAGCCAAUAAUACAUCAUCAACACUUAUUAAUAAUAAAAAAGAUUAUUAUUCAAAUGCAAGUGAUUUUAGUGCAACUUCUCAUUUGACAACUAAGCAUAAAUAUCACUUACGUAGUAGUAUUCCUCAAUCAACUGAUAAUUAUUCAUCAGAAGAAUAUAUGCAAAGGAGUAGUAUGCGUACACGAGGUGCAGAAAGGUCAGCUAAUCGAAAUAAGAUGUUAUAUAAGCUAAUGAAUAAAAAUGGUUUAAUUGAGCCCUAUUGGUGGUUCUUUUAUAAUUUAUAUGAAAAUGCAUGUAUACACGAAGGAAGUACACUUUCUAGUAACAUGAACAAUAAUAAUAAUAUGAGUGGUAAUAAUUAUACUAGUGGCAAUAAUUAUACUAAUGGUAAUAAUUAUACUAAUCAUUAUAGUAAUAAUAUUAAGAAGGGAACUUGCGGAGAUGAUGUCUUAAAUGACGAACAAAAAAGAAUUUUAGAAAAAAAAUAUAAGAAUAAUUUGUUAAAUCAUUUUUGCGUAAAUAACGAGAAAUUAAAAAUAAAAUAUAUAUCGAUGAUACAUGAUAUAAUAUAUAAGAAAUAUAUGCUUUUAAACAAUACUAUAUUUCCUCGGAACUUACAUGAGUCCGAGAUCUUAUAUACAUUAUUUCCUCAUGAACCUCAUACUUUUAUGUUUUUAUAUACGGAUGAUAAUUUUCAAUAUCAGAAUGAAGUAUUUUUGAAACAGGUGACAUUUAGUGAUAACAUUAAUUGGUAUCAUUAUCCAUUGAAUGGUCAAUAUAAUAAUAUGGAUUUAUUUAAAAAUGGUGUUCAUGAUGAAAAGGAAAACAUGGUAUUACAUAUAAAUGAUUAUUAUAAUGGUUUAGGAGCAUCAUCUCGAUCUGUUAUAGGUAAAGAUUUUUAUGUGGAUCAUUUAAUUAUGGGUGAUUCAAAGGAUAGUACAUCAAAUAUGUUAAUGAGUAAGAAUUUGAAAUAUUCGAAUAUGCCAAAUUAUGAAAAGGUACGAGCAAAUUAUAGAGAAGCUCAUUUGCUAAAUGAAAAGGAAUGGAAAAAUAUUCAGAAUGGAGGAUAUUAUAAGACCAUGUUACAUUUAGGAGAAGACAUGGAGCAUCCAUAUAAUUUUGGAGUAUAUCAAGAUCCAAUUAUAUCAGCAUAUGAAACGAAUAGGAAUGAUUAUGGAUUUGCUAAUGGAAUAUUGACAAAUAAAAUAUUGGAGCCAUCUACAUCAUCUGCUGUAACAGCAGCGGUAGUAAGUAAUAAUACAGGAACAACUCAAAAUAAUAAUAAUAAUAAUAAGGUGUUUACUUUUGAGAGACGUAGAAGAGGUGUGAAAACCAAUGAAUAUUAUGACUACUUUGUAACUGAUAAGAAUUUGUUAGGAGGGAAAGGUAAAUUUCAUAAUGUGGGUGAAAAAAGAAGUGUUUCAAAUACAAAUUUCGGACGUAAUAAUAGAUAUUAUGAUCAAAUGAUAGGAGAAGAUGAUGAUAAGAAAAAUACUAGUGAUAAUGACUUAACAUCAUUAAAACGAAGGAAGAAUGGAAAUAGUAAACGUGCUAAGAGUAAUAAUUUGUCUAAUGUGAAGGGUUACAGUAUAUACAAUGUAGAAAAUAAUGGUGAAGCACAAGGAGAAAAUAAUAACAACAAUGUGAACAAUAAUUUGAAGAGUAAUAAUAUUAAGAGUGAUGUAAUGAAUCAUGAUGAUUCGUUGAUACCUAUGGGACCAUUACCUACAGGUGUAUAUUUCGAUUCUGCUAGAAAAUUAUGGAGAUGCCAAUGGAAAGAAAAUGGGAAAUUUAAAACAAAAGGUUUUAGUUUAAUCCAUUAUAAUACACUUGAAGAGGCUCGAAAGCAAUGUAUUUUAUAUAGAUGUGAUGUAGGAAAUAUCCCUGUAAAGAGUGAGUGGUUGAAUCCUGUGUAUGUGCGAUCUUCUUAUUUUUAUAGUAAGAGAUGUUCAAGUAGUGCAAAUAAUGCGACAAGUUCAGGAAAUAAUUAUACUACAACAGCAGCGCAUAGGGAGUUGAAAACAAGUUCAUUGAACUUGAGUAGAUUGAAGGAGAAGACAGGAGUUAGUCAAGCGGUAUCAAGUAAUAAUAAUAAUGAUAAUAAUGUGGAUAAUAUGGUUAAUAUGGAUAAUCUGAAUAAUAUGAAUAAUAUGAACAAUAUGAACAAUAUGAAUAAUAUGAAUAAUAUGAAUAAUAUGGAUAAUAUGAACAAUAUGAAUAAUGUGAACAAUGAUAAUAAUAUAAAUAAUAACAAUGUAAAAAGUGGUGGAGUUGAAAAAGGAUUUAUGGAUGGCUCUAGCAAAGGAUCAAAUGAUGAUAAUUAUAUUGUUGGUCAGACAAAUACAAUUAGCAAUACGAAUAAUAAUAGAUAUUCAACUAGAAACAAUACAGCUUCAUGUGCUGCAGCAAGCGACAAGGGGAAUGAAAUUGAUAUAUCCAUUUUACAGGAAUUUGUUUCAAAAAAUAAAGAAGGAGGUGUGUCUGUAGAUGGAGGAAUGCUUGAGAGUGCUUUGAUCGAAAGAGGAUUGAUUGAGAGUGGGUUACUAGAUAAUGGUUCAGUUAAUAAGAACAAUAUGUCAUUGCGUAUGAACUCGAAGAAUGCGAUGCUUGGAUAUAAUGGUGAGGAGAAUAAUAAAGGAAAAAAAAAUAUAAAAAUAAAAAAAAAUGUGAAUAAUAUGAAUAAUAUGAAUAAUAUGGAUAACCAUAAUAAUAAUAAUAAUAAUAAUAAUGAUAAUAAUUAUAAUUUCCUUUUUGCAGAUAAGAAAAAUAAGAAUAAUAAUAUAAAUAUGUGUGUCAAGGAGGAAGAGAAACGCCGAAAACAAAUGGACGUGGUAGGCGAUGGAAGUGGAACACAAGCAUUGAAAAGAAGCAAACGAAGUAAGAGUAAUAACAAAUACAAAAUGGAUAUAAGCGUAGUAGAUAUAAAAGACGAUUUUGCAAAAGAUAUGUCUAAUUUAAUUAAUGAAGAGGAUAUCGAAAAUUUUAGAAAUACAUUUAAUAAGGAGUAUUUAAAAAGUGUACUAACAAAUGAUAAUAACAAUGAUGGUAUUAAUAAUAAUAAUAAUGAUGAUAUUAAUAAUAAUAAUAAUAAAAAGAAUAAUAAUAAGAAGAACACCAAUAAUAAGAACCAAAAUAAUAAUAAUAAUAAUAAUAAUAACAAUGACAACAACAACAACAACAAUAAUAAUAAUAAUAAUAAUAAUAUUAGAAGUAAUUCCUUUUUUUUAGAUGGAAAAGAUAUUAACAAUGAAUAUUUAAAUAAUGAGAACUUUUCAAAUGACAUUCAAUCAUUCUUCAAGUUUUUAAAUUCUAAAGAUGCGAAAGAUGAGACUAAAGGAAAAAAGUAUUUGGAUUUCAAACUAGGAAAUGGACUUGAUGGAGAUGAGGAUGGAGGUGGUGUUUAUGAUGAGAAGGAAGAGGAUUUAUUGGAUGAGAAUAAGAAUGGAUUAAAUUUGUUAAGUGAUGAUAUUAAUAUUAAUAAUAAUAAUAAUGAGUUGUUUGAGGCUAUGAAAGCUUUUAUGAAAUACAAUGGAAAUGUGAUGAAUAAUGAAAAGGGAGAAUUAUUAUAUGGUAGUAAUAAUAAUAAUAAUAAUAAUAAUAAUAGUAGUAGCGGAACAUAUGUUAAGAAUAAGAAGAGUUCCAAGUAUGACAAUAAGUCUUAUGGUGGUGAUAUGCUUCCAAGAAAAGAGAUGAAGAAAGAGAGAAGUAGAAAAUCACAAAAAUUAUUAAAUUCUCAAGUGAAUGAAUCAUCCCAACCUGUUAAUAAUUAUAAAAGUGGAGGAGUACAAUUUUAUAUGAAUUUGGAUACUACUAAUUUAUUGGCAGCAUCUCUAAUGACAAAUAAUAUAAUUAGUAAUUUGAAUAGUCAAAGUAAUGGAGACAAUUCUAAUGUUAAUAAUAAUAAUAAUAAUAAUAAUUAUAAUAAUAAUAAUCAUUUGAGUGACAUGAUGAAAAGUAGUAAUAAGGAAGGUAUUGGAUCUUCUUGGUCUCCAUCAAAUAUAUGUCCUGAUAUAUUUUUUCAAGAUAUCCAAAAUUUUAUUAACUUUGCUAAGCGCAAGGAGUGUAUGAAUGAUGAAAAGGAGGAGAACGACGAGGGCAGCAUGACGAAUAUGCGGAAUAUGAAUAAUAAUAUGCACCUUAUUGGUAAUAAUCUGAACAACAACAAUAAUAAUAAUAAUAAUAAUAAUAAUAGUAAUAGUUUAAUAGACAAUGAUGUGUAUGAGAAUUAUUUAAAGUCACUUAUAGUUCAGUAUGAGAACGAGGAGAAGCUAAAGGAAAAACAAUACGUCCAAAUGAAUAGCAACAAUAAUAUUAAUAUUAAUAAUAAUAAUAAUAAUAAUAAUAGUAAUAGUAAUAGUAAUAGUAAUAAUAAUUUGAAGUAUUUCCCUUUUGGAGAUAAGGAAGAAGACGAUAAAGAAAAUUUACGUAAUCUAGAGAAUGACAAAACGGAUAAGGAAAAAAAUGGGGGAGGUGGUGUUGUGUCUUCUAGUUCUUCAUCUCCUACUGGUUUUUUUCAAAAGUAUUUAAAUAUCUUUAGUAAGAAAAAGAAUGGAAAUGAAUCUGAAGAUUUUAUGAACAAUAAGAAUAAUGUGGAUAACUCUAAAUAUGUGGAAUGUGGAAAUGGAGACAAAGAAAGCAAUGAUUAUAAUACUCGUCGAAAAAAGAAGGAUGAGAAAUUGAGUAUUACUAGUAGUAAUGCUUUAUAUGAUAUGAGUAAAAUGUUGAAUAAUAAUGGUUUUGGAAGUGUGAGUAGUUAUAAUGAGGCUUAUAAGAAGAACUUUAAUUAUCUCUUACAAAAAAGUAAUAUGAAUAAUAAUAAUAAUAAUAAUAUUAAUUUGAAUCUAUAUAAUAACGGAACAGGAGAUAACAAUGUGGAAAAUUUAGAAGGUGUCAAUAGUAAAGGGUCGAAAAAGUACAAUAAUAAUUUAGGCUUUAAUAAUAUGUCGGAGGCUAGUUUAUAUGAAUAUUUUAAUUUUGCUUCUCUUAAUAAUAAUGGUAAUAAUAUAUUUGGACACGAUAGAAAGAAGAAUGGACAUAUGUCCAUUAAUACUAAAAGUAGUAGCAUAUACAUGAAUGGUAAUCACGUGAAUAAUUAUCUUAAUGGUUCAAAUAAUAUGAACAGUUUCAAUAGUAAUAGUGACAAUAUGGAAGGAAAGUAUGAUGGAUAUGAUGACAGUAUGUUGAGAGGAAUGGUAGAAAGAGGAUUAUCUUCAUCGAUAUAUUUUAGUAACAAGCAAAAAGGAAAGGAAUCAAUUAAUAAUUACCACAAUAAUAAUAAUAGUAAUAGUAAUAAUAAUAAUAAUAAUAAUCAAUAUAUGGAUGGUCAGUUAACAGAAAAUGAAAUUUCGAAUCAAAAUAUUUCUGGUAACAUGAAAAGUAUUAAAAAGAAAAAAGGUAGUACAAAUGAUGAUGAAAAUAUUAAUUUAAUAAAACAAUCUUUGCCUAAAGGUAUUUAUUAUGACCACGCGAAAAAAUUAUACAGAGUGCAAUAUAUAAUAAAUAAUUCGAUUAAAACGAAAGGGUUUAGUGUAAAGAAAUUAGGGUUAGCUCAAGCAAAAAUCGAGGCAGAAUCAUUUAGAAAUUUUUGUUUAGAAAAUGGGUUAUUGAAUUCUCGAAAGAGGAGAUUAAAUUCUCCAUAUAAUAAGAAGGAUGAGAGUUUUAGUAUGAUACCUGACAAUGAGGAGAUACUAUCGAAUCUGUUGUUUUUGUACAAUUCGAAUAUGAAUAAUAAUAUGAACAAGAUGGGUAAUAAUAAUGAUGAUAAUAAUAAUAUUGAUGGUAAUAAUAAUGAUGAUAAUAAUGAUGAUAAUAAUGAUGAUGAUAAUAAUGAUGAUGGUAAUAAUAAUAAUAAUGAUGAUGAUAAUAAUAAUGAUGGUAAUAAUAAUGAUGAUGAUAAUAAUGAUAAUGUUAAUAAUGAUGAUGUUAAUAAUGAUGAUGAUAAUAAUAAUGAUGAUAAUAAUGAUGAUGUUAAUAAUGAUGAUGUUAAUAAUGAUGAUGAUAAUAAUGAUGGUAAUAAUGACGAUGAAAUGGCUCAAAAUGAAUAA